AUGCAGGUUUCCAAGAAAGAUAUUGCAGUACUAUCGCCGCAAAUGGGAUGUGACCCGACCCAAUUCUGGACGAUUAGCCCGGGUAGCGAUAAAGACCCGAAUUUAGUCGCUCGCCACCAGAUCGAUAGCCUCAGAAUUCAGUGCCAAACAAUCAAGCGGGACUUUUCGCGUGCAAUUGAAGUUAUCAGAGACCCACAUCGCGCCACCCCCGAAAUUAUGGACUAUCUGAAACAUUCCGUGAGAAAUUCUCGGUUUUUCCAUGCAUUUUCGGAAAUCAGUAUCGAGAGUCUCGGGAAAAGGCCUGGAGACCUGACAUACACAGUUCUCUCGCAAUAUCUGGAAAUCGGAGAACAAGCCCAGGUAUCACGUAGGAAACAAUUGAUAGAGUGGGGAUCUAACAUUCGGGAUCAUUACACAGAGAGAUUGGCCUUAUGGUUGAAAGUCCACGAUACGUGUCAACGAAAUUUAGCGCACAAGAUCAGCGAACAUUCCAUGCGCAGCUCAUCAACUCUGGAUGCACGGAUAUUCCUCUUUGGUGCACAGAACAUCCCAUCCUGCCUGCCAGACCUAUCGUGCUUGGAAGCCGAUAUUGAAGUGGGGCAAGGAGCAAAUGAAAUCGACGAAGCAUGCUUACUGGCUAUUCUAACGCAAUCUACAAAGAGACUCAUGCUGAUUAAGGAAGACCCAAAAAAGUUACUGGAUUGCAUCCAUCCCAACAAUAUUGAAGACCUCGUGCUGGAUUCAAGUUGGCAGACUUUGUGGGACAGAUUGGUGGCAGGAGGCUUCAUUGUCAUUAAGACACUUACGAAAAACGUUGACCUAGACGACGGCCAAACAGACGAGGAACCUGAAGUUGAAGAGGCUUCAUCCCAACUAGACCCCUUACAGGACAGUGAGGCAUUGAAAUCAUUGCAGAAAAUGGUCGGCCUGGAUGAUGUGAAGGAGCGAGUACGCCAGUUGCACAGACAGGCAAAGAUGAAGGCUCAGCGAAUGAGCAUCGGUCAACCCAUUCGAACUAUUUCAUUGGAUGGGACCCUCAAGGGCCCCCUUGGGACCGGUAAAACUACGUUUGCCACCCUAUAUGGCCGCAUCUUAAACGACAUAGGAUUGCUGCCUAGAGACGAUAUAAUCCGCGAAACUGAGUCCGGGCUGAUCGGUAAGGAUAUCGGAGAGACGGCGGAACGGGUUCAAAACGCCAUUCAUGAAGCCGAAGGGAAUGUCCUGAUCAAUGACGAUGCCUAUACCCUGUGGGGCGGAGGGAAGAACCCGAAUCCGCUCCACAAAGCAGCUAUUGACACCUUGGUAAACUGUGUCUCGGAAAGUCGGACAUCAUCUCAGUGUAUUCUGCUCGUUGUUUAUGAGUAUGAACUAAGAGAGAUGUUUCGUCAUGUCAAUCCCGCGCAUCUGGAUCAGAUUAUGAAUUUUCGCAAGAAAGAGGUUCGGGUUUCCUGCUUUCCUGAGGCAAGCGAGGUAGCAAUAGAGAUGAUACGACAAGCCUUGGUAUCCCCUCGCUUUGCCAACGCUCGUCACGUUGAGCAAAUUGUGGUAAAUGCACAAUUAUCUUGCCAAAGACGCUAUCUGUCCGACUCCAGUAUGGAUCCAACAGUUUUGACUGUGGAAGACUUCUCCAAAGUCUGGAACCGGGUUCUCGAUGUGGAAGAGGAAUACCGAAAGCUUUCCUCCAGUGUAACAGGCUGCGGCUCCUUUGUUGAACAGCUAUUAGACGACAUACGAAUCGCCAAUCCAACUAUCAUAGGGAACCUCGACUCCAGAGAACGAAUCCCGGUCAUUUAUAUCUUCCGAGGAGCACCAGGUACUAGUAAAGCUUCGACUGCACGGCGAAUGGGCGAGAUAUUUCAUCACAUGAGAUUUUUCGCUACCCCUGAAGUCAUAGAAUACUCUGUCGCCGAUCUCGUUGGGGAGUAUUCAGGCGACACAGGGCUUAAGGUCCUUGACCUAUUUGACCGGGCCUUGGGGAAGGUCUUACUCCUAGACAAAGUUCAUCUCCUUGUUGAGAACGAUCAAUCAUUGAAAGAAGUAGUGGGAGAGCUACUGGGUAUGGCCAGGGAAUGGAUUCACUGCUGUCCUCUAAUCCAGGUCUAA